AUGUCUUGUCACCAAAGAAUCGUGCAGAAAAUGGCGCUUAACAAAACUUCAACACGAUUAGCUACCGGUUCAGGAGAUAUGAUUGUUAGAUUAUGGCAUAUUGGUUCGAAGGAAGGCUUCUCAAAAAGCUGUCGACUGCACCAGGGAAUGAUAACACUAUUGAAAUUCCAUCCGACAUUACCUUACCUUUUCUCAUCGUCAGUGGGUGAUCACUUUGUAGCUGUGUGGGACACUGAGACUGGAAAACAUGUCUCUUCUCUUGAAGGUCAUCAAAGCAUUGUUACAAGUUUGGACUUUAAUGCUGGAAAAAAUGAAUUAGUUACGUAA